UGUCAGUAGUGUUCCAUCGAUCAGCUGGAAAGAUGAUUUUAAAAAGUUUCGUGGUAGCUAUAAUCUUAAGUUUUGCCUGGAUGAAGUCAGUUGCUGGCGGCACGUCAUACUCAAAUGUGUAUAUGCAAAGUGGUCCAGGUCUGGGUUUCUACAGCCCUGCGGCUUUAAAGAGCGCGCAGCUGGCUCCCCUGGCAGCUGCCCCUCUAAUGUCAAACGUAUUACCGCCUUGUGUAUCACCGUGUGUCGUUCCGAGUCAACAAGUGGCUGCAUUAACUCCAGUAGCAACCAGUAGUGCCAAUUUAGUUACGUAUAAAUCUCCGAUAAGAGUUCCUGUUGUUGUAGCGCCGAAGAAUGAUGAUGCUACGAGCUACGAGUAUUCCUAUGUGGUUUAUGAUGAGGACACCGGUGACCAAAAAGCUCAAAAGGAAUCAAGUGAUGGCUCCGUAGUGCGAGGUCAAUACUCACUAAUCCAGCCUGAUGGAUAUGCAAGAGAGGUGCAGUACACUGCUGAUGAUUCUAGGGGAUUCAACGCAGUUGUUAAGAACUUUUUACCCAAAGACGCAGUCAAAUCUGCCCCAUGUCCUGAAGUAAAAAGCGAACCGCUAAAAGAAGCCCGUGAGAAAUCAGAUGAAGCACAUGAUCUCGAGCCUGAAGCACAUGGACAUAGUCAUGAAGGCGAAAGUCAUGAAGAACACGCAGCUCAUGCAGAACCGAAACAUGAAGAACAUGGUCACGAAGAACCUGAAAAGUAUGAAGAUCAUGGAGGCCACGCAAAACACGGAAGUCAUAAGGAACCCGUAGUGCACGGAGGGCAUAAAGAACCCGAAAGUCACGAAAAGCACGGAACAUCAUGGAGUCAUCAGGAACAUGGAAGCCACGGAGAACCGGCAUCUGAGAGUCAUGAAGGGCACGACGAGCACGCAGAACCAGAUUGGCACGGGGAGCACGCAAAACCAGGAGGACAUGAUGAGACUGUACAUGGAGGACACAGUGAACACGAAGAACACAAAUCCCCAGAAGGAUACGCUGAACCAGGAAGCCAUGGAGAAUCUCACAGCGCUGGGGAACAUGGUAGUGAACAAAAGGAGGGAGACCCAAGAGCGACACAGGGUGUAGUAGUGCUACCGAGUGUUGCAGACACAUAUGUAUCUUACAACGACGUCAUUAAGUGCAUACAAUCUGCCAUUAAUCGAGCCAAUACAGCGCAACCGUUAGCUUCUCCACUUACGUACAUUGUAUUAAACAAACCCUGUUAAAUACAUAAAGCAAAAUAAAUUGUCAUUACUUUUCAAAAUUGACAUAACUGUCUAGUCUCAGAGAUAAAAAAUAUUCUUAUUCUUUUUUCAUUUGAGUUGUGUAUUAAACUGCAUAAAAAUAGUUACUGGAAUUAAAACUGUAACAAAAA